UUGUGGAUUAAGUCUUCUUUUCUAAGCCAGACUGCAAGAGCUCAUCCUACAAGAGACUCACUCACUCUGUUUUACUCUCUCUAUGCCAUUGCAGGGAGUAUGGACUUGGCUCAAUGAGUUGCUCUGUUUGUCUCUUCCACGCUCUCCUUCAUCCACCACAUUUACUUUCCUCCAUCUCCACCGCCUUUUUUCCCCUAUCUCCUUACUCAUGUUUCUUCUUCUCUCUGUCGCUUCUUCCUGCUGUCUUAAAGUCAGAGCAGCAACCUGAAGAAAAUUGCUGUUAGCACUAGCUAUUAGCUACCUACGUCUUAGAGAAGGUGGCUUUUAGGGGUGACCUCGUCCAUCAUCAUCCUCUGGCAUUCAGGACAGACCUCUUCCCCCACCUCCCAUCCUCACCCAGCAUCACAGGGUGGGAUGGGACGGGGUUGGGUGAGUUAGGCUGGGGCUCAAGGGUUAGCAACAGGGUAGGCAAUGCCAGAUAGUAAAGGACGUGGGGAAAGAGGAGGUGGAGGUGGGUGUUUGCAAGGGAAGUGGAGGCUGAGGAAGCGAGGUAACCGUUCAGCUAUCCCAGCACUUUUCACCAUCACUGAGGAGGAGGAGGUACAGAGACGAAGAGAUGCUUGCAAGAGAAAGACAAAAGCAUCGUACUCUCACUUUAAGUCAGAGGAUGGCACCGUGUCUUCAACCACCCGUCCCAGCUCUGCAGGCUCUGGGCAGACCUACACUCCCAGCCUGACCCCUACACCCACUCCUACACCUAGUCGCACCACCAACAGCAACAGCCCCAGUAACAAUGCUGGCACCAAAACAGACUCGCUGCUCUUCAACAAGAUUGACGAGAGACUUAGGUUGGCCCGUGAGCGCCGGGAGGAGCGUGAAAAACAGAAUGCUGCCAAGGAGGCCCAGUGGCAGGCCCGUGAGGAACGAGCCAGGCAGCACUAUGAGAAACACGUUGAGGAGAGAAAGAAAAAGCUGGAGGAGCAGCGGGUAAAGGAGGAAAAGAGACGGGCUGCCGUGGAGGAGAAACGUCGGCAAAAAAUAGAGGAAGACAGGGCUCGUCAUGAGGCAGUGAUUCGCAGGACUAUGGAGAAGAGCCAGAAAACCAGACAGAAGGCCAACCGUUGGUCUUGGGGAGGAACUCUGCAGACAAACACUCCCUGCACAACAGCUGAUGCUGAUAGGCGCUCAGUGUCCACAAUGAAUUUAUCCAAGCAUACAGACCCUGUCAUUACCAAGCGCCUCUCUUGCUCCUCUGCCACACUCCUGCACUCACCAGAUCGAGGACUGCGCCGCCUUCCACUGACGCCAUGGGAGAGCAACAUGGUGAACCGCCUGCAGCAGCCAACACACUCCUAUCUGGCCCGCAGCCGCAGUGCAGUGAGUCUGUCAGGAGACCAAUCAGCCAUGCCUGUGUGUCCUCGCUCAGUUUCCUGCCACCCCAUGGGCUCAAUGUCCUUCAAGGCCCUGCAGGCACAGCCACUGCCUCACUGUCGCAGCCAGGAGAGGAACUUCAGCAGGGACGCAGCUUCCUCGUCUUUAAACACCCCGCGCAGGAGGACAACCGGAACAACACAGCGGCAAAAAGACCGUGACAGUGUCAGGAAGUCAUGGAGCAACCUGACACUUCCACUUGCUCCUGUUCUCUCAUUGCCCCCAAGCAAGCGCUCCUCUUCCCCAAUCAAAAAGAGCGGUAAAGUGACAGCACCCUCUCCUGGCAGACCUCCACAGAAACCAGUGGGGCGACCUCCAACCCCCAAGUUACUAAAGUCUCCAGGGGCAGAAGAUCCUGGAAAUCUUCGUCCUGUCAGGAUCACACCUGAGAGUUCCCACCCUUCAACACCCAGAGGAGAGGAGGAUGAUGAGCAGGUCCUCAGCCCUCCUCAGCCUCGACCUCAGCCACUGGGUCAGAACAAGAGCUCAAAUGAGCAAACGGCAACCAGCGAGAGUGUAAGCAGUCCACCAGCUCACAAGCCUUCAGCGGGCACCACAGACCCGGAGGAGGCGAGUCGUAUCCUGGCCGAGAAACGACGGCUGGCCCGCGAGCAGAGAGAGAGGGAGGAAGAAGAGCGCAGGCGACAAGAGGAGCAGGCAAGAUUAGCAAAGGAGGAGUUGGCUCGCCGAAAGGCAGAGGAGAGAGCAAGGAGAGAAGAGGAGGCUCAACGCCAGGCCGAGGAGAGGAGGAAGAAGGAGGAGGAAGAGGAGAGAAAGGCAGAGGAAGAAAGACUUCGGAAAGAGCGAGAAGAGGCAGAGAGACUACAGAAACAGAAAGAGGAGGAAGAGGCUCGACAGAGAGAGGAGGCAGAGCGACUGAGGCAGGAGAGAGAGAGGCACUUCCAGAAAGAGGAGGCUGAACGACUGGAGAGAAAGAAGCGUCUUGAGGAGAUCAUGAAGAGAACACGGCGUUCAGAGACAACUGAAAAGAAGGUCAGAAAUGGAGACAAUGCAGUGAACCCGACCUCUCCUGCUGCGUCAGCAGCAACUGAGACACCAAGACACAAUAGUAACGGCAACUUAAGCCAACCAGAUCCCACCCCAAACCCCAACACCACAGCACUGAGCCAUCCUGACCAGAGGGAGAAUGGGGAGUUUGAAGAGGUGCUUGUACUGCCUUCACAUUCCAGGUUGUCUCCUCCUGAAGGAGAGGAGGAGCAACAGCAACAGCAGGAGGACAACAGAGUUCCUGUCCUAGCCUUCUCAGAGAAUGGUCUACUGAAACCUCUAAGCAGAGUAGACGAUAUAUCAGCCCAGCAGGGAGCAGAUGUUGCCUGAUGCCCUGAUGCAACAUGACGAUUCCACACCCACAGACAUGAAGGAGAGGUCAAACAGAGAGGUGAAGUACAGAGCUGUUGGACUGAAUCAGUAGGACAACUCUCAGCACUAGAUUCUUCCUUUCUUCCUCUCCUGUGACAGAAGAGCACUGUUCCCAAAGAUGAUGUCUCCAAACAUCUUGCAAGGGCAUCACUGAGAGAGAUUACUCUUCCCUCAUCCUGCACUCUGUGGGGCAAAGCUUGUUUUUCUGUAUCUGAACAUGAUUACACUUGGUCAUCAUGUAUGUUCUGUGUAUAGCCACAGGUUUCCCUGAUUCUUAAAUGAAUGUCCUGAAAUCACAGCAGGGCAUUGAGGCAUUGAGUGUGUAUAGUCUUGUGAUGUGUGUGAUUGAGAGCGCGAAUGAGAAACUGACAAAGAUGUAAAAACUAAGAUCAGCUGUCAGUCAGCAGCUGUGAUACUUGAACAUUUUUGAACUAUUUUUCUGUAGACAGAUUGUGAUCAGCGAUGGGACUUUAGCUCAGGCCCCAAUCUAGCUUCGUUUAUGAAUUUUUGUCUCUAACUGGAACCUUAUGGUUCUCACAAGGUAAUAUUUCUGCAGAAAUGUGAGAAAUAAAGUGUGCUACAGGAAUAAUAUCAGUGCAUGAAGUUGUAUUAAGACUAAUGCAAAAAAAGGUAUGUCAUGUAAUAUACUUUACUGUUUCUACAGUGUUUAAACUAGGUUAUUACUGGGGUGGAACACGUGCUGGAGUAUUAUGACUUUAGGUUUAAUAAUGACAAAAAUGAACAUACUGUCAUCUGAAAACUGAAAAUGUAGGGUAUAAACGUCAGAUUUUUCUUCAAAUUGCUGUACAGAUAAAAUGAUUUGUCGUCAUUGUCUUUAUGUUCAAAUUUACAAAAACGUGCUUCAUUAUUAAGUUAUGCCCUUUCAUUCAUUCACAUUUUAACCCUGUCACAGUUGCACCUAUUCUACAUCCUGUCACUGCCUGUAAGCCACUUUUUUGGCCAAGUAAAUCCAAACUGGAUUGAAUGAAUUUACUGAUGUUAUUGUUAAAAUAAUCAGAUUUGUUUCCAAGGAUUUGACAGAUGCUGCUAAUUAUGACAUUCCUUGGCCUUAACAUAGUGUAGAAGGAAUGAUGUGACUUUGCUUCAUGAGCUCAAUCGUUUUGGCCCUUUGCCCAAACUCCCCAGUGGCUUUUUUUGAAUUCAGUAUGAAUCAUCAAAUAUUUGUGUCACGCAGUUAUAAAUAAUGCAACUCAUAAUUCAUACCACUUCUCACUAUAGCAAGACAAAAGGUGGAAAUUACUAAAUUUCUAGAAGCAGGCCAUUACACUUCAUUUUCACUCAGCUCCUACAAAUGAUCUGCAUUAGGGUCCUCAGACUUGAGCACUGUCUAACAGUACCACUAAAGAAUAAACUUGUCUUGAUUAUGUACUGCAGGACAUUACCAGCAGUACACAUGGCAUGCUGUUAUAUAUUUGAUGCUAUAAAUGUAAAAAUGUAUAUUUUAUUACUACCACAAAGAUUUGAAUAUAGCCCUUUACUUCAGAGGAAGCAUGAGGUGAGCUCUCUGAAUCAUUGUAAAAGUAAAAUCUCUACAACUGCUGCAGCUGUACUGCUUCAAAUGAAUAAAACUUUUUGAACUGGUUA